AUUUAUAAUGUGGAAUAAAUAUAUAAGACGACACGUUUAAAUUGCAAAAUAUAGAUAUUUAAAAAAACCUGAUUGUCAAAGUGUUUUUUGCCAAUAUGUAAUAUAAUGAAUAAUUGAAAUUCACUGUAUUUGAUAACUAUAUAUCCUUAAAUAAAAAAAAAAUGCAUUAAUCAUUAACGACCAAGUAACAUAUAAACAAACUAGUCAUUAUCAUUACUGUUGAAACGAUGAAUUGGGGCGGCGAAAUAAAUAUUAGUACUUAAUUUUGCUCAAUGAAUUGAAAAACAUUCAAUUAUCAGUAGCUGGAGUGUCAACAACGGAAGUGUCUGAGUAUAUUUAUAUAUUGCAGGACCAUAAUGAAUCAGAACGGGAAAACAUUAAGAACAAAAGGAAAAGAAUUCACUAUCAGAAAUUCGCUCUUAACCGAUUUAUUCGAAAACAAACACAUACGGACUGUUUAUCAUAUGUUUAUAGCAACUUUAAUCGGUCUAUUUGUUAACACAGCCGUUUACGAUUAUUUGAAAAAAGAAGAAAUAAUUUUAGGUCUUAGAUUAAUUCAACAAGGUUUUGGAAAAAUACACAUAGUGUCCCUAAUAUGGCUUGGAUAUUUUUUAUUUACUUGUUUGGUUUAUCACUUUUACAAAAUCUGGGCCAAGCAGAGAAUUUUCUUCCCCAAAUUGAGCCACUUGAAAAUUUGGAACUGGGUUGGGGUGACGCUACUUGGGCUUUACUACGUUUCAUCUUUCAAAAUUGCGGGUUAUGUUGUAACUUAUUUUGCUUUACCACCGGCUUCUGCAAGUAUCGUGUUAGCCGAACAAACGCGUCUCUUGAUGAAAAUUCACUCUUUUAUUCGAAACACUUGCCCAACAAAACCUCACACAGAUGAAGUUGUAACUCUUCCAACUUUGAGUAAUUUUGUGUACUUUCUGUUUGUCCCUACAUUAGUUUAUCGUGAGACUUACCCUCGUCGUGAUAAAAUCGAUUGGACUUUUGUCUGUUUCCGAGCGUUAGAAUGCGUGGGCGUCAUCUUCUUCAUGAGUUUCGUUAUCGACAGAUUUCUCAAUCCCACGAUUCAAGACUUCGGCUUGCGAUCCUACACCGUGAAAGAAAUAAUUUUAUGUAUUUUCGAAAACACCAUCACAGGGGCACUUAUCCUGCUCCCCAUGUUUUUCAUAGUUUUACACUCUUGGCAAAAUUUAUUUGCCGAGUUGACACGGUUUGGAGAUCGGUUGUUUUAUCUAGAUUGGUGGACUUGUACUGACUAUUCGGGUUAUUUCCGUAAAUGGAACAUAAUCGUCCAGGAUUGGUUGUAUCUUUACAUAUACCGAGAUUUUUCCGAAUUUCUUUUCAAAACAAACCAUCUAUUUGCUAAAUUUGCUGUUUUUUCGAUUUCGGCCGUUGUACACGAAUGGAUCUUGACUUACAUGUUUGGCUUCUUUUUUCCCUUGUUGUUUGUCGAAUUUUUAGUGUUUGGAUCAAUCUUUAAUUUUCUAGGGGUUCCAAAAACUCCACUUUUUAAUAUCUUGUUUUGGUAUUCACUCUGUUUGGGUAUGGCUACUCUGGUUACCAUGUAUGGUUUAGAAUUUUAUGCACGUGGCAAUGCUCCUACGGAAAAUCCAACGUUUCUCGAAAACUUAAUUCCAAGAUUUUUAACGUGUAAUUGUAUAGAAUUCUGAAGGAAGUGUCGCAGGAAAAGAGGGUGCUUCGGAAUUAUAUACUUGUUACUUGUGUAUAUUUUUUAUUUAUAUUUUUUGUAUGUAAAAAAGUAACGAUAAUUGUGUCACAUGCGAAUAAACGAAUUUUUCUGA